AUGCCCUCGUACCUUUCGCAUAUGCUCUGCGCCGGUCUGGCUGCCAGUCUUGUUGCUGCAGCCCCGGCGCCUUCGCGCGUCUCCGAAUUGGUCAAAAAGUCCUCUUCCACCUGCACCUUCACCGAAGCGGCGAGUGCGUCGGCGAGCAAGAGCUCCUGCUCCACCAUCGUGCUCAGUGACAUCGAAGUCCCCGCUGGAGAGACCCUGGACCUGACCGACUUGAAUGACGGUACCAAAGUCAUUUUUGAGGGAACCACCACCUUCGGCUACGAGGAAUGGGACGGCCCGCUGAUCAAAAUCUCUGGCUCGGGCAUCACCGUUGAGGUGGCCGACGGUGCCGAGAUCGACGGCGAUGGGUCUCGCUGGUGGGACGGCGAGGGCACCAACGGAGGCAAGACGAAGCCCAAGUUUUUCUAUGCCCACUCCCUCGAUGACUCGACCAUUACGGGUCUCUCCAUCAAGAACACUCCCGUUCAGGUGUUCAGUAUCGAGUCGGACAAUCUCGUGAUCGACAGUGUGACGAUCGACAACUCGGAUGGCGAUGACAACGGCGGCCACAACACCGACGGCUUCGAUAUUGGCGAGUCCACCUACAUCACCAUCAAGGACGCGGUGGUGAAGAACCAGGAUGACUGUGUCGCCAUCAACUCCGGUGAGAACAUCUAUUUCACCGGAGGCACCUGCUCUGGAGGUCAUGGCCUGUCCAUCGGCUCGGUGGGAGGCCGUGACGACAACACCGUCAAGAACGUGACCUUCACCGAUUCUACCGUCACCGAUUCGGCCAACGGCGUCCGCAUCAAGACAGUCUACGAUGCGACCGGCUCCGUUUCCGAUAUCACCUUCUCCAACCUCGUUUUGUCCGGCAUUACCGACUACGGCAUCGUGAUUGAGCAGGACUACGAGAACGGAUCCCCGACCGGCACUCCUACCGAUGGCGUUCCCAUCACCGACUUGACUGUGGACGGCAUCAGCGGCUCCCUGGAAGACGAUGCGGUCCAAGUCUACAUUCUGUGCGGCGAUGACAGCUGCAGUGACUGGACAUGGGAGGAUGUGAGCCUGACGGGCGGCGACACCAGUGAUGACUGUGAGAACGUGCCGUCGGGUGCGUCGUGCUAA